AUGAAAUCUAAAGAAAUCCAAAAGAAAGAAGAAAAUCUUCAAAAAGAAUUUCUUUCAAAAAUAAAUAAAGGUGCCUAUUUAUAUCAAUAUUCUGGUUUGUGGGCACUUGGAUUAGAUUUAUUGCCAAUUAGAGCUGGGAGAUUAAUUAAUUUAUUUGUUUAUAGAGGAUGUACAUGUGCUUUACAGGCUAGGUUUACAACACCUCUAACAAUUGAGAAACCAUUUAAACAAGAUAUACUUAAUUUGACACAAGAAAAGCAUUGCAAAAAACGUUUUACAAAUCAAACAUUUAAUUUGGGCAAAAUUAAACAAAGAUUUAUUAUUUUUGCUUUAAUGCCUGAUAAAAAUGCGAAAUAUAUAAAAUUAAAAUUUAAAAUUGAUAAUUUAUUAAUAAAUAUUUAUAUAACUAAUUAUUCAAUUAAUUUUGAUGUUAAAAAUUUCAAAGGUUCCUGGAUUAAACAUACACUUCCAAGUAAUUAUAAAAUUGGAGAAAAAGUAUUCUUUAGUUAUGGAGAUAAUAUAUAUUUUAAUAUAAUUUUACAACCAUAUUAUUUUUGGAUUUCAACAGAAAAUGAUAAACAUUUUUUGUCCGUAAAUUCUUUUUGGCCGAGCAAUUGGUUUAAUGAAAAAAUAUUUAAUGAGAAUACUAAAGGAACUGUACAUAUUUCUGGUGAUUUAGUUCCGAUAUCAAUGAUCAGUGUUGGACAUUUAGUUGGAAGAAAUCGUCUUCAUAGGCCUUCCAAUCAACUUUACGUAAAAAAUUUUUUCAAAUUAAAAUAUUUAAAAACAAUUUUUUAG